CUACAGUACAGCCAAUAAUAUGGCCGACAAAUGUGUGGACAAAACAACACAUUAAAUGUCAUAACAAAUGCCCGACAAAUACAUACCACUCGUCACCUGAUUGUCGUCGACUGGCGUUAUUGUCUUCGGCCGCCGAUUGUCCCAUAAGUGGCGCCAUUUGUCACCGCAUAAUGUCUUCGCAACAGGAAGUGAUCGAAAGGGUGACUCUCAGCGACGCCUUAAGCAAUGUGGACGUCUUGGAUGAGCUCGAGUUACCCGACUCUCAGCCAUGCAUUGCCGGCGAGAACUGGUCGGUCGUAUAUCACGUGAACUUCGACACCAACUUCGAGGACCGGAACGCGUUUGUAUGCGGUGUCGCCAAAUACAUAGAAGAGGCCACAGUUCAGUGCCAUCUCAAUGUCAUGUUAGAUGAGGGUGAAUCUCACGCCGUAAUGCUCUACACGUGGAGGUGUUGCUCGCGAGCCAUACCGCAGCCAAAGUCCAACGAACAGCCGAAUCGGGUGGAGAUCUACGAGAAGACGGUGGAAGUGUUGGGCCCCGAAGUGGACAAACUGUUGGCGUUCAUGUAUUUCCAGCGGAACGCCAUCGAGAGGUUCUGCAGCGAAGUGCGGCGUUUGUGUCACACGUCGAACGCCGGCCUCUCAGCCGACGGCUCUCAGAAGAAGGCGAACGCGACGUUUGUCUCCGAAGCCUAUCUCUUGACAUUAGGUAAAUUCAUAAACAUGUUCGCCGUAUUGGAUGAGCUGAAGAACAUGAAGUCGUCGGUGAAGAACGAUUACGCCACUUACAGACGCGCCGCGCAGUUCCUGAAGGUGUUGUCCGACUCGCAGAGUCUUCAGGAGUCGCAGAAUCUGUCGAUGUUUCUGGCGAUGCAGAACAAGAUCCGCGAUUCGCUCAAAGAGUCGCUCGAGAAGAUCAACGGCUACGAAGAGCUCUUCUGCGAUAUCGUCAGCCUUUUCACCACAAUGUAUGAGAACAAGCUCUACGUAUUGCCCGCCGAGAAGCAUAUGCUCGUCAAAGUCAUAGGCUUUGCGCUCUUCUUGAUGGACAGCAAGUCGUGUAAUAUCAACAAAUUGGACGCCAAGAAGCGCAUCAAUUUGGCCCGAAUUGACCGCAUAUUCAAGUCGCUGGAAAUGGUGCCACUGUUUGGCGAUAUGCAGAUCGCGCCCUUCCAGACGUACAUCAAGAAGUCGCCGCAUUACGACCCGACCAAAUGGCCGCUCAGCGCCAACACCACCACACCGUCGCCGCAGUGCGACAUUCUUCAGUACGUGCCCGCCAUCCGCGACGAGUACGUGUCCUUCAUAUCGGAACUGUCGCGCCAUUCAAACGAAGUGACCACUACUAUAAAGGAGACCCCGAGGACUGACUCCGAGAACAAACAGUUGUUACAACUCGCUCUCAAAGGUAUUCAAUUGUUGGCCGACUGGACGACACACGUGACGGAACUGUAUUCGUGGAAACUGAUGCACCCGACGGAUCACCACCAGAACAAACAGUGCCCGAUGGAGGCCGAAGAGUACGAGAGAGCGACCCGUUAUAACUAUAACGACGAGGAGAAGACGGCGCUCAUUGAGUUGAUAGCGAUGGUGAAGGGAUUGCAAGUCCUGAUGAACCGAAUGGAAACAGUAUUCACGGAUGCAAUCAGACGAGCCAUUUAUGCAGACCUUCAAGACUUUGUACAAAUCACUUUACGGGAACCGUUGCGCAAAGCGGUCAAAAACAAGAAGGACGUCGUCCGCACUAUGAUAUCGUCGGUCAGGGAUACCUGCGCUGACUAUAUGAAGGGCUUCGAGGAUCCGUUGUCUAAAAGUUCAAAGUCGACGCUCUCGUCGGCGGAUAUGGAGGUGAAGGUUCCGCGAAGGAAUGUCGGGCCCUCAUCGACACAACUCUAUAUGGUUAGGACUCAAUUGGAAUCGUUGAUUAGUGAUAAAGCGCUGUCCGGCCGGCGGACACUUCGCAAAGACAUUGACGGCACUUACUUAGUGGCCAUCGAUAACUUCCAUAAGAACUCCUUCUAUUGGACGUAUCUCUUGAAUUUUAGCCAAACGCUGCGCGAAUGCUGUGAUUUGUCUCAGCUCUGGUACCGUGAGUUCUAUCUGGAGAUGACAAUGGGAAAGAGGAUUCAGUUCCCGAUUGAGAUGUCGUUGCCAUGGAUUCUAACGGAUCAGAUCUUGAAGACAAAGGACCCCUCACUGAUGGAAUGUGUAUUAUUCCCAUUGGAUUUAUACAACGAUUCAGCGCAUUAUGCUUUGACUAAAUUCAAGAAACAGUUCCUCUACGACGAGGUCGAGGCGGAGGUGAACCUCUGUUUCGAUCAGUUUGUGUACAAAUUAUCCGAACAAAUAUUCGCUUAUUAUAAACAUUUGGCCGGAAGUAUACUUCUGGACAAGAGGUUCCGCUCUGAAGCGGCCGCACUCAACAUUAAGUUUGUGUGGCCUCAGGCCAACCGAUACGACACUCUACUCAAACAGAGACACCUCCAACUGCUCGGCCGUACCAUCGAUUUGAAUCGUUUAAUAGCCCAACGGCUGAACGCGUCGAUGCUUAAGAGCUUAGAACUGGCCAUAAGUCGCUUCGAGGGGUCCGACUUGACCGCAAUCAUAGAAUUGGAGUCUUUAAUCAAUUUGAAUAAAUUGGCGCAUAAAUUGCUUUGCAAAAACAUUGAUCUCGACUCGUUUGACGCCCUGUUUCGUGAGGCCAACCAUAACGUGUCCGCUCCGUACGGACGCAUAACUCUACACGUGUUUUGGGAAUUGAAUUACGAUUUUCUACUCACGUAUUGCUUCAACUCUUCGACCCAACGGUUCAUCAAAAUGCCGGAAAAGGCGCCGAAUCUGACGCCACACCUGAACAAUGUUCAGCGGGAGAAGCAAUCAAACGCACAUCAAUCCCAACUGCCGUACUAUCUCUACGGCACGAAAGCGCUCAACUUGGCGUAUAUGAACAUUCACUCACUCAACAACGGCUUCAUCGGUGCCCCGCAUUUCCGGUCCAUCUGUCGACUGCUGGGCUAUCAGGGAAUCGCUGUCGUCAUUGAAGAGUUGCUGAAGAUUAUCAAAAGCCUUCUGCAGGGAACCAUUGCUCAAUACGUGAAGACACUGAUGACAGUGAUGCCCAAACUCUGCAAACUGCCGCUCUAUGACUACGGCUCGACCGGUGUGCUCGAGUACUAUCAGGCGCAGCUCCGGGACAUCAUUCAGUACCCGGACGUCAAGACCGAGAUGUUUCAGAGCUUUCGCGAGAUCGGCAACGCGUUGCUCUUCUGUCUGCUCAUCGAACAGGCACUGUCUCAGGAGGAGGUGUGCGAUCUGUUAGAGGCGGCGCCCUUUCAGAACAUUUUGCCCCGAAUUUACUGCAAAGAUGGAGAGAAACCGGAGACUAAACUCAAACGAUUGGAAGCCAAAUAUAUGCCGCUUCAGGUCGUGCCCAACAUUGAGAGAUACGGAACGCCCAAACAAGCGGCGAUCGCACGCGAGGGCGACCUCUUGACCAAAGAGCGACUUUGUUGCGGUCUAUCCAUAUUUGAGACGAUUCUGCAGCGGAUCCGUGGCUUUAUGCUGGAGAGCGAAGAGCAGGCGUCCAUAUGGAUCGGUUCCAACCGAAUGCCUCCACCCAAUGGUGUCAUAUAUGUGGACGAGUGCAUUGAGUUUCACCGGCUCUGGUCUGCCCUUCAGUUCAUUUACUGCAUUCCUGUCGGCGACGGAGAGUUCACUAUUGAAGAGCUCUUUGGCGAAGGGCUCAACUGGUCCGGCGCUGUGAUGAUCGCUCUGUUGGGUCAGCACAAGCGCUUCGAAGCUCUAGAUUUCAGUUAUCAUUUGCUAAAAGUACAAAGAGUUGACGGAAAGGAUGAGAUUGUCAGAGGAAUUCCAUUGAAGCGAAUGGUGGAUCGGAUCCGACGCUUCCAAGUGUUGAAUUCGCAGAUAUUUUCGAUAUUAAGCAAAUUCUUGACGAACGCCAACGGAGACGCCAAUACUGUUGAACACGUCAAGUGCUUCCAACCACCCAUACAUCCAGCUAUGGCUGCGGCACAGGGUUUGUACAUAUUUUGA